GAAUUAGUUUUCUAAACAGAAAAUCUUAUUUCCUGUGUGUGUUUAAUGACUGGAACAAAUAGCGCACCGUGAGGUUAUCCCAUUGCCUUUCAUCGGAGAACUACUGAUCCGUCUGCCUUAUUUCUCCCAAGUACUCGGCUUGCAUGCUUUCCGUGUUAGUUUAAUGCCAUUGAGAGAGUUUACAGCGAAAUCUGGGUUGACGUGUGGCAAAAAGUAUUUCCCAAAAUAUGUAAUGUUCAAGCCUAGAAAUGCCUUAUGUGGAUCGUCAGAAUCGCAUCUGUGGUUUUCUAGACAUUGAAGAAAAUGAAAACAGUGGCAAAUUUCUUCGAAGGUACUUCAUAUUGGAUACCAGAGAAGACAGUUUUGUAUGGUACAUGGAUAAUCCACAGAACCUACCUUCUGGAUCAUCACGUGUUGGAGCCAUCAAACUUACCUACAUUUCAAAGGUUAGCGAUGCAACUAAGCUAAGGCCAAAGGCUGAGUUCUGUUUUGUUAUGAAUGCAGGAAUGAGGAAAUAUUUUCUACAAGCCAAUGAUCAGCAGGACCUAGUAGAAUGGGUAAAUGUGUUGAACAAAGCUAUAAAAAUUACAGUACCAAAGCAGUCAGAUUCACAGCCUAAUUCCGAUAACCCAAGUCGCCAAGGUGAAUGUGGGAAGAAGCAAGUGUCUUACAGAACUGAUAUUGUUGGUGGUGUGCCCAUCAUUACUCCAACUCAGAAAGAAGACGUAAAUGAAUGUGGUGAAAGCAUUGACAGAAAUAAUUUGAAACGAUCACAAAGCCAUCUUCCUUACUUUACUCCUAAACCACCUCCAGAUAGUGCUGUUAUCAAAGCUGGAUAUUGUGUAAAACAAGGAGCAGUGAUGAAAAACUGGAAGAGAAGAUAUUUUCAAUUGGAUGAAAACACGAUAGGCUACUUCAAAUCUGAACUGGAAAAGGAACCUCUCCGUGUAAUACCACUCAAAGAGGUUCAUAAAGUUCAGGAAUGUAAGCAAAGUGACAUAAUGAUGAGGGACAACCUCUUUGAAAUUGUAACAACGUCUCGAACUUUCUAUGUGCAGGCUGAUAGCCCUGAAGAGAUGCAUAGUUGGAUUAAAGCAGUCUCUGGAGCCAUUGUAGCACAGCGGGGACCAGGCAGAUCAGCGUCUUCUAUGCGGCAGGCCAGAAGGCUGUCGAACCCUUGUAUACAGAGGAGCAGCCCCACUGUCCUUCAGAACCCAAGCACACUUUCCGUCCUGCCAGCGCAGCAGCCACCGCCUCACAUUCCACAGCCUCUCGCAGCAACUCUUUGGUCUCAAGCUUUUCCAUGGAGAAGCGAGGAUUUUACGACUCUCUUACCAAGGUCAAGCCAGGGAACUUCAAGAUCCAGACUGUCUCUCCAAGAGAACCAGCUUCCAAAGUGACUGAACAAGCUUUGCUAAAACCUCAAAGUAAAAAUGGCCCUCAGGAAAAAGAUUGUGACCCAGUGGACUUGGAUGAUGUGAGCCUUCCGGUCAGUGACGUGUGAGAAGGAAGCAUGUGGCCUUUGCCCUGCCUCGGCCAUGUUCAGCUUCCUGACAUGAGGCUUCUAGCCAAAGAUGAUAAGGGUGAAAUGGUUUUUGAUGUGUAUAUUAUACUGCCUCUUAGAUGUACUGUUUAUAAGCUGGUAAACCAAGAAUCUAGGGAGUGGCCAAACUAAAUAUAAUUUCUUUAAAAAAGAAAAGGAAAAAUCCCAAGUGUCUCAGUAUCUGUCUGAAGAUUUGUGUGUUUUCGUUUGGGUGGUAAAAAUGUAUGUGACUUUUCUUUUCCUGGUGACUUUGACAGUUUAAAUGUUUAACAAUUUAAACAUUAAAAGUGCUUAUUAAUUAUUUUGGUCAUUUAAAAAUGCUACUAUGACUUCCUAUUAAAUGUUUGACAUUCACACAUUCUUAUUGGUUAAUAUUUCUAAAUGAAAUAUUGCCAGACUAAGAUAUCUAAACGUAUGAUGUCUGUGGUGCUGUAAAACUUAUACUACAGUGUGGACUAUUUUGAAAUUAUAACCAUCUUUGAUGCCCUGGAUCUUGAGGUGAGGGUUGUAGAUUGUACUAGGGUAGAAAAAAGGGGAAAAUUAGAAUUCAAACAACUAUAUCUUAGACAUUUGUUUGAAAAUGCUUAGUCACAACUUGGAGCAAUGAGUGUUAAAAAAGUUAUCUGGUGGGAAAUUUUUGGGGAGAUCUGAUUUUUUUUUUUAAUCAAGGUUUUUAAAUAGUUUUUAUUUCUCAAUUUGGAUCCGUGAAAGACCUCAAGUUUAUAUGUAAAGACAUAACUGCCCUUAGUCAUGAACUUGUUGUGGCCUCUACUUUUUGUCACUAAUAACCUAUUUCAAGUGCCUGUGUUUUUUCAUCUUGUUUAGGAACAUUUUGAGAUUAAUGUGCUUAAAAGUCCUACAUGAUUGGUUUUAAAUAUUGGAAUAAAAUUAAUUUUUAGUAGCAUAGUUUAAUAUGUUAAAUAAGAUAGCAUCUUAUGCUAGAGAUACCAGGAUGAUGGUAUUCUACUACCUGUGCAAUAUAAAUGUUUUAAAAAUUUAGUCAUGGGGAUUUCAUAAAUAUAACAACCUUUCUAAAGAAUCCUUAAUUUCGUGUGUUGAAUUACAGACCAUUUUUGCGGUUCAGUCUUAAACGUUUGCUUUAAGAAAACAUCUUGAAUUUCACAUGCUGCUAUUUUAUGGUAUUUUGCCAUUUUACAGUACUGUUUUGUUUUGAAUUCAUACAUAUCACCAAAAGUUUCUCCUUUUCAUUUUCUAAGAUGACUUCUUGUCUGAGACAGAGAAAGAGAAAUUUCCUACUACAGUGGUCGAGUCCAGAGGUUAAGAUAUAUUAUACUAGAAUUACAUCUGUCUGAAAAUCCAUAUGCAUAAAGAAUGCACCACUCAAUCUUUUAUUCAUAAGCUAAUAUUUUUUAAUAGUUCUAUUUAGAUUUUUUCUCUUUUGCAGCUACAUUUGAAAAUGAUAGGAUGAAAAGAUUUUAAGUAGUUAUCACUUUUUCUGUUGAUAUGUCUAUUCUAAUGACUCUUUUGAGAGUUCCUAUUUCAUGAACACACCUAAGAAAUCUUGUAUAGACACUUUGUGAUAUUCAAGAGGCCUAGUGCUGUUUUUUUUGGGGUACAGCUUUCACAUUGCAUGUUCAUUUUAGCAUAUUUUGGUAUUGGCUAUUUGAUAUAUUUCAUGGUGGCAAAAUAUUAGUUCUAUUUUGGGACUUUUUUAUAGAACUGCCCUUAUUCAGUAGAAUAGUAAGUUGUUCUUGUGAUUGUCAGGGUCUCCUAAUAUUUAUCUCAGUUCUUUUAUAAGUCUGGAAAUUAUUUAAUUAUUUUAAAAUUACACUUUUCUUGUAAAUAUGUCACAUCUGAAAUGUCAAAAAUUCCUUUGAAUACCUUAAUAUUUGCUGCAUUUUUUUCUGUAUAUAUAACAUGUCUUCUUUCAGAAUGGGAAUAUAUAUGUGUGCCUCCCAAUGUUUGCUGUUAUGUUUGUUAUCUUUAUAUGUCAAACUGGUUGAACACUGUAAUACUCGAGAAUAAACUGCUCAGAAUUUAUUCUGA